AUGAUAUCGUCGACCUCCUCCUUCGCCCUGGACGCAGGCCUCGCCGGUGGUACCGGUAUGCAUUUACAUGCCCGUGGAGAUGGUCCCAUGAUCAUCUCUUUCCCCUCUGUACCACCUUAUACUACUCCUUCGUUGACGGCCAACUUGGUGAUGCGAGUUCUCCUCGCAGUCGUGGCCAAUCUGGUCUGCCUGGUCCCCCUCAGACUCCUGGGCCGAAAUGGGGAAUUCUCCGCCGUCGUCUUCAUCAUUGCAGUCGAGAUCAAGAACAUCCAGACCAUUCUCAACUCACUCCUCUGGAGAGACGACAACACACAGAACUGGUAUGCUGGCUUCGGCAUCUGCGAUAUGGCCUCCUUUUUCAGCAACUUCCUCGGCAGUCUCUAUGUGACUUGCCUCUUGGCCAUCAUGCGCAACUUGGCUCAACAGGUCGGUCUUCUCCGUGCCAACCCCCUGACGGCAAGAGAGAAACGGAAGCGAAACAUGGUCCAGGCUCUCAUCAUGUUCCCGUUGCCUCUCCUCCAGGUUGCCAUGACCUGGCCCUUGGCCGAACAGCGGUAUGCCAUCGGAACCUUGGUUGGCUGCCAAUGGCUUGCCCACGGUUCUUGGCCUUACAUCGCCAUAUUCGUUGUUCCAAACGUUCUUGUACCGAUAGCGACAGGUUGUUACGCAGUUUUGGCAUACUUCCGGUUCCGAGAAGUGGCCAAAUCCACGGCAUCAGCUCUGUCCAGCAACCGGGUAGCGAGCCAACGCGCGCAGCGAACUCGACGCCGACUCUAUCUCAUGGUCAUCUCCAUCCUUACCCCGUUCCUCCCGAUCACCAUCCUCUUCUUCGUCCGGAAUGUCACCAGCACAGGGGCACUUCAGCCGUACAACUAUGAUAAAAUACACAACAAGGUCCAUCCUUAUCCCUGGAACUCGGUCCUCUACGUCACAUCCAACAAUAUCAGCUUCGGUCCCAUGAACGUCGCCUACAUCUCUAUCCUAACCGCCAUUCCCAUCUUCAUCUUCUUCGGAAUGACAAAAGAUGCUAUGAACGACUACAGAAAGAUCCUCCUCUUUCUUCGCCUGGGUAAAUUCUUUCCCAGACUCCAUCAGGAGUACGACCCAGACAGGUCAGCCAUGGAGAACUCCAGCUCUUUUGGGACCACCCAAUUGGCAUCAUCUAGCACAACCGCGGACCAUAAACGGCAGACCUUCACCUCCUCUCGUGUCCUGGGCAGCUUCAGCUCCGCCUCCGGCCAGAGCACCCAUCACCAGCUUCACUCCCUGAACUACAUGACCUCUCCCAACCAGGGUCAGACCUUCCCUCAGCCGCCACCCCCCUCCGUUGCCCCCAGGAGGCCAUCAACUCCAGCCGCCGAGCACGUCCCCCGGUCCGUCCGCUAUAACCUCAUCCCCUUCCGGAACAUCUUCAGCUUCCCGGGCCCGUACAAACUCCCCUCCUUCCUCGGACGCUCCCGGAGAACCGCAAACGUCGACCCAGAGGCCCAGCAUCUGCCCCUCGACUCCCCCCAGCCAGACCGCUGGUCAUGCGGACCCUCGGGCAUCCGCACACGGGUCUGGUCCGACGACGAGGCAAGGCUGGUCGACAGCAACAACACCCACGAGCUCAACCAAAACGCCAAGUUCUCCGCCGUUCCAAACAUGGCCCCGCCGCCGCAGGCCGUCGUCAUCAAAACCAUGCUGACCACGGAGACGUCCGAGGCGAGUCCACCGCCACCUCCUCCUCCUCAGCAGCAGCAGCAGCGCUAG